AUGCGUUGUUCAUCGAACAAAGAACACACACCCACGACGAAUGUCGCAAAACCAAAAAAGAAAGGCCGGGGUCUGCAUCGUGGACAACUAGGGCAGAUGAUGGCCCUGCCCGUCGAAGUCUUUCUGGAGAUACUGACGCGAUUUCACCCACUCGACCUACUUACCCUCACGCGUGUUUCAAAAGAGUUGCGACGAAAUCUCCUCUCCUCGCGCCUCAAAUGGUUAUGGGCUGCCUCCUUGCGGGGGCUGGAGCCACUUCUUCCGCAAUGGCCUGACGAUAUUUCUGAGCCAGCACUGGCGUCCCUUGUUUUUGAAGCGUACUGCAUGGUAUGA